AUUAUGUCCCCUUGAUCACUGUUAAAGCUGUCACUUUGACUUAGCAUGUUUAACAAGCACUUUUUUUUUAUUAAAAAUAAAUAAAAUUUAACAUUCCUUGAAACAUUAUAAAAUUUUACCACACUUGUUUAAAAAAAAAACUGAAAUGUAACAUUCUAUGAUACAUAAUUAUAAUUUUCCUAAUUUUUUUAUGUACUUUUCAGACAAAGGACUUGUUGAGAAAACUGUACAACUUUUUUCUGAUGGAAAAGGGUAUGAAGCGCCCAUGGGGGCUUCAAAACCCAAUGAGAAGACUGAUGAAAGCAACAGGCAUUAAACAGUCCACCCUGAGAGGGUACAUCAAUGGAAAUGAUCCGGUGCAGGAUGUGGUCAGGUCAAUUCACAAGGAUUAUGUCCAGAAAACUGUCACCAAGACUCAGAAGGUGGAUGAUUUCGACAAAGGUGUGGUGAGGAGGACCAUCUAUGAUCUGCACAAGAAAUCGCAGUCGGUGACCAUGCCAAAGCUGCAGGAAGCUCUGAAAAAGAAAGACAUUGACAUUUCCAUAUCUACAGUGUCGAGAACAGUGCAUUUACUGGGGUUUCGGUUCUACAAGAAUGCGACAAGCAGAAGAUUUGUGUCGGAGAGAGAGGACAUCGUUCUCAUGAGAAUGACAUACCUUCGUAAGAUACAUAAGUUUAGGCAGCAAGGGCGUCAUAUUGUAUAUCUGGAUGAGACUUGGUUGAACACCAAUCAUGUAGUAAAGGGUGACUGGCUGGAUGUUCCCAGCACGUCCAUGUCUGUCUUUGAGCCACACUGUAAAGGUACCCAUCGGAAAGUACCUUCUGGCAAAGGUACUAGAUUGAUAAUCUUAGAUGUUGGCUCUUCUCAACAAGGCCUAAUCCCCGGAUGUGGUCUUAUAUUUGAGUCGAAAACCAACAGCUCUGAUUAUCAUGACGAGAUGAAUAAGGAGCACUUUACAGAGUGGUUCAGAGAUACACUUCUCCCUAAACUGCCUCCUCGGUCUGUAAUUGUAAUGGACAAUGCUCCGUAUCACAGUCACUUAGAUCCUGACUCACGGGUACCAAACACAAACAGCAACAAGUCAGAGAUCUCGGCAUGGCUGGAGAAGAGCAAUGUUCAGUAUGAUAAGAAAAUGAAAAAGACCGAGCUGCUUGAUUUGGUGAAGCAAAAAAAGCCUCAACCUAGGUAUAUAAUAGAUGACCUUGCAUCAGCUAAUGGCCAUGAGAUUUUACGCACACCUCCUUAUCAUUGUGAGCUCAAUCCCAUCGAACUGGUUUGGUCUUACUUAAAAGGCUAUGUAGCUAGAAAUAAUUCUAGUUGCAAUAAAAAAGGUAUUACUCAGCUUUUUUUGGAGGCCAAGUCCCAUGUCGAUGCGGAGCGCUGGGCUAAAUUUGAGACUCGUGUGGUAAGGGAGUUUGAGGAAAAGCUCAGGAAACUUGAUGGUAUCAGGGAUGAAGACGUCAAUCCAGUGGUGAUUGACAUGACAGACGAUGACAGUGAUGACAGUCAAAGGACUAUUCCUUACAUGUUUUCUGAGGGGGAGGAGGAGGGGAACAAUGAAAAUGACGUUGACUUUGAGGACAGUGUCCCUGAUACCACCAAUGAUGCUGAUGAGAUUUUGUGCAAUACCUGUGGUAGCAUUGAACCACCCAAAUCCAUUCAAAAGGACAAGUAUAUAUCCUGGUUUCAGUGUGAUGCUUGCGAUCAGUGGGUACACAACAGGUGUUGCACAAAACCUGCUCUUGCGAGGAAUGUCUGUCUUCGGUGCUUUUCCAUUCUUAACCACCGAAACCUCAGUGAACCACUGAUUUCGCCAAUUGAAGAUAUGGAACAGUGAUGUCUUUCUUUAAUGCCAUUAAAAUAGCUACAUGUACAUACCUUAAAGUUAGUUAAAUUAAAAAUAUUUCCCUUUUAAACAUUUUGAAGUACAUGUAAUAUUUCCCUUUUUGUAUGCAAUAAAACAUUUUGAUGUAAGUAAGGGGCAAUACUAUUCAAGUUAUGCUUAUUUACCAUUUUAUACAUUGUAUGUCAGAUUUAAAUAUUAUUUCAACUUUCUUUACUAAUUAUUUUGAAAAUUUUGAUGAAAAAGAUUUUUUAUAUAAACCCAUAAAUCCUAAAUUUUGGGUGGUCAAAACAUAAAAUUGUUAUUUCGAUUGCUAAUAUUUUUUAAAACAGUUCAUCCUAUCAUUUCAGGAACUGAAACAUAUACUGCAUAUCUGUGCAUGGCCUAUAAAACUGCCUACUGGAGACUUGUAAACAAGCAGUUUUUGAUAAAUUCAUUGAUAUUUUAAGCAAAUAAAGUAUUACAUUUCAGGAAAGAAACGAAGACUUGUUUCUUUAUACAAAUGAAAUAAUAAUCUGACUGUCUAUUAACAGAAAUAAUUUUACCUCCAAAAAUUAAGUAAAUUUUUUUUUUAACAUGAACAUAAUUCCUAUCUGACUGGUAAUGAAAUACAUAUUUCAUUCUAGAUAAGCAAAAAGAUAAAAUUUGAAAUUAGGAUCUUUAAAUUUAAAUGUUAUUUCCUUCUUCUGAAUUUUUAUAUCAUAUUUUGGGUUUUGAGUUUUUUUAUGUCUCAUUUGGCUGAGCUUCUGCAGUAUUCAUGUAUUUAUACACCCAAAAUAUUUUUUUGGGUCUUCCUGAUAGUCUAAUUAAGAUUCAAUUCUUUUUAUGUGUGAAACAUUAUUUUCCAUUAAUGACACAUAUGUGGUUACUACUCAUGCCAAAUAUUUCUCAUUAUUUGUCUUUAAGUACAUGUACAUGUAUCUGCUUUAAUGGCAGUUUCAGAUCUGAAACAGCUUACAUGGAU